AGCCGUCUGCCAUCGUAUCAGUUAAAGCAUUAAGUCAAUGCGUCUUCUGCUGAAUGUAAGAUCAGAUGUCAGUUUUAACAUACAACACUACUGGACUUUUUUGCCUCCGGGCUAAAUUUUCUCAUACUGUGGAUUUAAUCUAUACUAUCUUAAUAUCAAUUGAAAGUAGAAAUUUAAACAAUGAGCAUAAAGAAUUUCAAUAAAUCUAAAUUAACAAUCUAAAUUAACAUUCAACUUUAUUGGAAAACUGCCUUGCAGCACAUACAUAAACUAUAGUUAACUGAUAUCAGUAUUAUGUAUAUGUGAGUGACCAAACCUAUGCAAUAUUUUAUUUAUUUUUAUAUUUUUUGUUUAAAUAAAGGCUAACUGAAGCUAUGAGAAUUAGCAUUAAAAGAUGUGGACUAUUUAUUUUAGUGAUCUUUACCUUCACGUUAUGGAUAUGUUUUCAAAAUGAACUGCAAACUGAGAAUGUUUCAACAGCUAUGAAAGGAAUAAGGAAAGGUGCGUCAAAGGUCAUUGUAAAGAAGAAUAGAGACGAGGUGUCAAAAACAUUACAAGAAAAACAUCAGGUAAAAAUUCCAAUAGAAAAGUCACCGCCAGUGCUUCUGGCUGGAAGGAUGAGUGUAAAAUGCCAAGAUUACCUGCCAACUUUACGGAAGAGGACUCAGAAAUUCCCAAUAACAACAAACGCCCACUACAAUCUUUUCUUCUGUCCUAUGUGUAAACUAGCAUCCACAUAUUGGACGAAGUUUUUUAAGAUGUUAGACAUGUACAAUAAUGAUACCAGUAUUCUCUCACCGUACGAUAUCCCUCUAAGUAAUGCCAAACCAACUGGAGAAAGAUUACAAAUUGCUGUAGGUACGUCCGGGACGCCGUAUGACAAUUACUUUAAAUUCAUGUUUGUACGAGAUCCAUAUGCACGGAUUUUGUCUGCUUACGUUGAUAAAAUAUUUGCCCCAAAUCCGACAUUUUGGGAAAUUUGGAGGAAUAUUCUUCGUAAGCUUAAAAUAGAUACAGUACAUAGACAUGGAAAGACAAAAUGUAGGUCAGAUGUAUCAUUUGAGGAAUAUGUCAAAACUGUCGUAGUAUCUCAUAUACAAAAUGCAGAAUUCGGUUCAGCAGACUGUCACGACUCAAAUUACCUCAGUACCUGCCAUCCAUGUGAACUUAAGAUGAACUUUGUUGGAAAAAUGGAGCAAUUUGCCACUGAUUCCUAUUUCUUAUACGAAAAACUAAACUUAAGUAGAGCAAUAGAAACAUUAACCAAGCAAGGGAAACAAUUAGCUGAUGAAGAUGCACUACAAGACACAGUUACUUCCCCUUUUGCAUGGAAAGCUACAAUCAAGCGGUGUAUACCCUGGCUUGAAGCUCUCAAAAGAAUAUGGAAAAAAUUACAAAUUCGAGGUGUGAUAGGAAAGGAAGAGUUACCUUUAACUGCAGAACAAGCUGAAAAUAUAAGUGUACAAGAGUUCAUUAACCUUGUACGGACAACGAAAGAGAAAACGCCAUAUAGUGAGAGAAAAAAACAGAGGACUGAGGCUCUAAUUGAAAUAUAUAGUAGUGUUAAACCGGAGUUAUUAGAACAACUUAAACAUAUCUAUAAACAUGAUUUUGAUUUCUUUGAGUAUGAUAACAAUCCAAGCACUAUUUUUAAUGUCAGUAGAAAAGAUAUUCAGUAUUACGGGUAUCUAGAUUUAUAACGGGUAAUAACUAAAACAGCCACACAUCUGACAAUCAUAGUAUUAAACCAGUCUUUCAAUAAAGGUAUUCAUUUUGACUUUCAGUUUAGUACAAGAAAUUAUACUUUUUUAUAGAUAUAUCACGAUACUGUUUUGACAGGGUACAUCAUUUUCUUAGGUCAUCAACCAUUUUCAUAUGUGGAAGCAUAUAAAUACAAACUAUAAAUAUUUCUUGAGUACAAACAGGGUACUUUCUUUAUAUGAACAGGGUCUAGAUGACAGUAUUAAUUAUGUAUUUGUUGCCAUGGCAACCACAUUUCUCAACACAUGAGGAAAAUAAAACAAUGUGCAUAAUCUCCAUAUUACCAUCUAUUAACUUUUCAAAUUUCAAGAAAAUUUUAUGUAGUUUUUAAUUCAUGGUAUUCAACAUCAAGUGUUUGCUUAUUUCUAGUGAGCUUGUUAGUUUCUGCUGAAGAAUUUGGUCACAUGGAAGAAGGGCAAAUAUUAUAUUAGCUUAUCCAAUGAACCUCUAUGAGGACUUAUUAGCAGAUAAUCAUCAUAAUAAAACUUACUAAAUAAUUUUCUUUAUGAAAUGUGUUGUUUUUUUUCUCCCGGAACAACAAUGUUAUUGCUUUUUUCCACACAAAAAUCAGGCCACUGAGCACAAGAAAUUAGGACAUUGCCCCUAGGCCCAUGCAAGCAUGAUCCCCUGACACCAUACCAUGCAGCCAGAACUCUGCUUGUUCUUCUCAACUCAUAUAAACUUUAAUUAUAUUCAUUAUAUUUAUAAUGUCAUGUGAAUAAAUACUUUACUUGAGAGGCUUCAGUAUUGAAACCAUGUGAUACAUUGAUUCUCAUAUUGCCUUGUUUAAAUGUUUCAA